AUAAUUAUCGUCAUUACUUCCACAAUCGGUAACAUGCCACGCUUCAUUAUUUACAUUGCAGUCGUGUCAGCGUUGACACGUAUUACGCAUGUGCAACAAGUUUCUUCGGCCAUAGAGGAUAAUACACCAAUCACCGAAAAGCCGCAAAAUGGUGGUUCAUCUGAAAUUACGGUCUACGAAGAAUUGUUCAGAAAAUCGUUCACGCAUCAACGUAAAGAGCACGCAGAAGCUAUAAAACGUCUUCAAAAUAUAGACAGCUAUGAACGUUUAUACAAAAUGAUAAUGAUUCUUGGUACAAAGAUGAUCGAUGUCGUGGAAGCAAGCAAAACGUUGAUCGAGAGCAUAGGUUUUAAUCCAGACGACAGAUCGUUGCCCAAAAACGUUACUAUACAAAGCGCAAUAUCCACCACGUUAGAGAAUACAGCGUUAUUCGGAGACAUUCUUCUCCGUUUCCCAGACAUUACGCAUCGCAUACUAAAAACGCAAAAGGAAUGGAAUCCAGUCAUAAACUGGUCCUUAAAUUUUACAAAUCGAACGAAACAUUUAUUAGACGCGGAAACGCUUACUGUAGUUCAUUUAGCAGCUCAAGAGUUGAACAUAAUCGAACGUGAACCGGGAUACGUGAAUCCUUAUUGGAAAUCUACCGGCUCCCAGGACGCAGACGAAGAUAAAAAAAAGAAGAAAAAACCGAAAAAGAAAGUACAGAGGGGGCCUCGAAUAACUAAAACUGAACUCUGAAUUUUUUAAUCGUUUAUCAGAAUAAAAGGAAUGCUAGCGUGUUCGACAGCGUACUUGUUGCACCUGAUCCCAUGACUUGCGAAGUACUUGAGGCCAUCACUAACGGUGGUAGAAAGUGGUCAGCCAAUGAGCUAAGAACGGUUCCUACCGUCUGGUUCCCAUGUAACCAUGGCAGAAGGUAUUGCUGACGAACCCCGGUUCGCAGUGCUGUAAGAGUAGCUUCUCCGCCGAUGACAAAUCUCCGUGGUACCACGCACCUGAAGAAACGAGUGUUGUGAAAUUCGCGAGAGAAAGAACUAAUUUAACUUUAAUUACACACUUGGUGGAAACCAACAAGAAGAAUGAUGAUGUUAAGAAGAAGAAAUCGUGUGUUGCUUUACGCCUUCUUGAUCGUCGCAGGUAGGAAAACCGUGGAUAAUCCGUUCAUUUCUGUCGUUGCCUCGAUGAAAGAGAAGAUCAAAGUGUAACCGCCUGGUGAUCUUUCGACGAUAGAGAAACUUUGCGCCGAAAAUAUUUCAAGCUGGAAAGAUUCUCUGGAGACACAUUCCUUGGGAACGUACGACUGUUUCGCUAAUGUGUUUCACGAAUCGGUGAAGGAGAAUUCUCCGAAGUAUAGGUUUAGGAAAAAUGUGUGGUUUUUGGAAUAAAUUUGAUUCUUGGAGAUUCUGCGAAUAUUUUAUACGCUUAUUGGGAAUGCAAGAAGGUUCCGUUAGUUUAAUUAUGUGGCUUUCAUGAGUUAAUUUAGAAACAUUUGUUUGAUUUCUAGAAAUAUGGUUGAAAUAGUAGUAAAAUUAACAAGUAUCUCUUGCUCUUCUUUUUCCAAACGCGUUUAUUAUAUUAUUCGUAGCAUACGUUUUCCAUAUUAAUAAACUUGUUUGAGAAGAGCCUAAAGCAAGGAUGAAAAAAACAAAAAAAAAACAUAACGAGUUUCUUUCAUCCGUAUCAUUCGCUUCUCCACGCUUUUUAUUAUUUCGAACAGACAGUGUAGAAAAAAUUAUCUUUAACAUUGCUAAAAUUGAAUCAUGUAACAAAGUUGUCAAAUUAAGUAGUAUCAGAAAAUUACUGCAAACGUGGGUGCAACGAAAGAACGACCUUCUGUGGACAUUCUCUUAUUAACUUGCAAUACCUCGAUAAAUUACUCGUUUAAAACGAGUUGUCUUAAAAUAUCUAUGAAGAAAAUGAAAUGAAAUGAUUCUAUUGAAAGUAAUGAAAUCUUAAUCGAACAGAAAAUUAACAUGUACACGAUUAAUGGAAUUGUCAAUAUCAAUUAGCUCCUAGUUCAACUAUUAAUUAAAUAUUUUUAUACUUAUUUUCUUAACAAUACAUUUGUUGCUAAAUAAUAGUGACCGCAAAAUUGUGGAUCAAGCACGCGAUAUUGCGUGAUAGGACAUUCAGCUUUGAUGAGAUUACACAAUUUCCAAAGUAAGCAAACACACGAUACAUAUGAAG